AUGGCCCAGAUUUACUCUGUAACAUUGAACGAUUCUGGAACGAGUCUUCACAGCUCAUGGGAGUCCAAAAUGACCACGCUACCCCCACUGUGCAUGACAUACCCAAAGCUUACGGCCUUAGCCAGACAGAAGCUGCCAUGCUCCCCCAGAAAAAUUCCAAGGUCUCAAUUGAUCAAAGAAAAAGAUGACAUAGAUCAUUAUCUGGAGGUAAAUUUCAAAGGAUUGUCAAAAGAGGAGGUUGCUGCUUACAGGAACUCAUACAAGAAGAACAUCUGUGUGGACAUGCUGCGAGAUGGUUAUCAUAAGUCCUUCACUGAGCUCUUCGGUCUGAUGGAGCAGUGGGAUGCCCUGAGGGAGGCUGCGAGAGUUAGGUCCGUCGUCUGGCUGCAGAAACCCCUGGAGGAGCAGCCUGCUAAACUGGAUUGCUUCUACCACUACCUGACCAGGGCUGAGGCUGCCGAGAGGAAAGAAUACUUGGAAGAUGUAUAUAAUAACCUGUAUGCUUUGGCCUGUUACUUCAAUAAUUCUGAAGACAAGUGGGUAAGGAACCACUUCUAUGAGCGAUGUUUUAAGGUUGCUCAACUGAUCAAAAUCGACGGUGGGAAGAAGGAAGCCGAGGCGUGUGCGCACAUGGGCCUACUCUACGAGGAAGACGGUCAGCUUCUGGAAGCUGCCGAGCAUUAUGAAGCAUUCCAUCAAUUGACGCAGGGACGGAUAUGGAAGGAUGAGGCAGGCCGCUUUCUCAACUUGUUGGCCUGUGAGAGUCUCCUGAGGACUUACAGAUUACUCUCAGACAAAAUGCUGGAAAAUAAAGAAUACAAACAGGCCAUCAAAAUUCUAAUAAAAGCUUCUGAAAUAGCUAAAGAAGGAAAUGACAAAAAAAUGGAAGGAGAAGCUUCCUAUUAUUUGGGCUUAGCACAGUUGGCUGCUGGAGAAUAUGAAACAGCCUUAACAGCCCUUAACACUUACAGUAAAAUCUCCGCAGACCUAGAUGAUGAUCUCAGCCUGGGGAGAGCCUAUGAAGCGAUAGCCAAGGUCCUGCAGAGCCAAGGAGAGAUGACAGAAGCAAUUACAUACUUGAAAAAAGUUGUGAGCAUUACAAAAGACAAUUUUCAAAGCCUAGAUAUUGUGAGAUCAAGUACAAUGCUUGGGGACAUAUACAAUAAAAAAGGAGACUACAGCAAAGCUUCUGAAUACUUUCAAGAAGCUUUUGAUGCAACAGGAGAGCUAAUGAACAUGCCUCUGAUGGAUGAAACAAAAGUUCAUUAUGGAAUAGCAAAAGCUCAUGACAUGAUGCUGAUGGUGAACAACUGUAUAGAAUCUGCAAAUCUCACCAGCCUCCAGAGCCUGCUGUCAUGGAAGGAGAAUAGGAGUAACAUUGAUCCUUAUCUGACUAUUGAAUUAGAGUCUAAAUAG